UUAGGACUCACUUUAGUCUCCCUAAACUCAUCAGCAAUUUCCAGGGAAUCAGUCCGGGACCUAGACAAACACCCUAUCGUGAGCGUGGUGGAACAUGGAAGCGACGAGCCAGCGCACAAAGACGAGGAUCGGUCGGUUGCGGACGAGCUAUCGAGGCGGGUGCGGGUUCUCUGCUGGGUGAUGACGCAGCCCAACAACCACGAGAAAAAGGCUAAGCACGUCAAGGCCACGUGGGGCAAGAGAUGCAAUAAGCUGCUGUUCAUGAGCAGUGUUGAAGACAGCAGCCUCCCGUCAGUGAAACUGCCUGUGAGCGAGGGACGGGAUUACCUGUGGGCCAAGACGAAGGCGGCGUUUCGAUACGUCUACGAGCACCACCGACGAGAGGCGGACUGGUUCCUCAAAGCGGAUGACGACACGUAAGUACUACAACAUUUUAAACAGGCCGGCAAAAUUC